UAUCAAAUCUGUUAAGCAAUCCAAGUUUAACGAUUCUGUAUAACUAACAGGGCAUUCAAGCAAUAAUACACAGUGCGAACAAAUGUUUUACGAAAUACGAGUACUGUAUUGUGUUCGAACAAGAGCGAAAGAACGAAAGCGAUUACGUACAAAGCAUUGGUGGAACCGCAGGUAUAUAAGCUUUGCUUUAAAGAUUAUUGAGCAGUCAAUUGCAAUUGUUGGUUCUAUAAAGUUCCAACAUGGCUAAAUACGUAGGUCCAUGCUUGUUUCUGGGAUUGGCUGUGAUAUGCACGGUCAUUGCUAUAUCUUCGGCGCGAGAUGUUCGAAGUAUGUACGGAGAUUUAGAAGUGGCCAGUUCUCAUCACCAUGGCCAUCAUCAUGGCCAUCAUCACGAACAUGGCGGAGGUCAUGAACAUCAUUCUCAUCACCAUGGAGAACACGGUGAAGAGGGCCAUAAAGGUCAUAAAGGCCAUCAUCAUCAUCAUCACGGAGAACACGGCCAUCAUGGUAAGGAACAUCAUGAGGGCCAUCAUCAUGAGCACGGCGGCCAUAAGAAGGGUCAUCACGACGAGCAUGACGAACACGGUCACCAUCACGAUCACGAACAUGGUCAUAAAGAAUCGAAAUUUGGCCAUGGAAAGGGUCACAAGAAGGGCGAGAAGACUCAUGGUUAUCAUCACAAAUCUCAUAAAGAUGAAUACCAUAAGGAGCAUAAGUUUUACGAUGAUCAUCAUAAAGGCGGCCACCAUGAAAAGCAUGGCGAUCAUCAUGAACAUCAUCAUGGCAAGGAAGGCCAUCAUAAGAAGGGCGGACACCAUCAUUCUGGUCACCAUGAAGAUCAUCACGGUAAGAAGGGACAUCAUGAUAAAGGACAUCAUGAUGAAGAUCACCAUGGUCAUCACGGCAAACAUGGUCAUGAAGAACACCAUCACCAUCACGAAGAUCAUGGGAAGAAGAGUGAACAUCAUGGAGGCAAAAAGCAUGGUUAUUCCCAUGGUCAUCAUGGUCAUCAUGGUCAUCAUGGACAUCAUGACCAUCAUCAUCAUGAAGGUCAUCACGGAAAGAAGGGUCAUCAUGAGAAAGGACACCAUCAUCAUGAUCAUAAGGGACAUAAGGGCCACCACGAUGAUCAUCACCAUCAUCACCAUCAUCAUCAUCAUGGCAAAAAGGGCGGUCACGAAGAUCAUAAGCACUGGGAAUUCAAAAAGGGACAUUAAAAUUUUGUCGCUAUUCAGAUACCACCAGCUGCUUUUAAACAGAAUUCUGUUACUCGCUUUCGUUCCUAUUAUUCGUUCUUCUUCAUAUUAUAUGAUUAUGCAAUAUAUUAUAUCUGUGUUAAGUGUUAAUCAUACAUACGUCGUUGAAAUAAAAUAUCAUAUUUAACAUAU